CAUCUUUCUCGUGGGUUUUGUUUUGUACAUAUCUCUUUAGCCCCCUCUUCGCCUCGACCAUCCCCCACCUCCUGGCCGGCCCAGUCACUGACCUUGUUGAUCAAGCUCGUCUCUCGUCCCGCGUCAAGAUUCUCCUCGCCCCUCGCCUCGCAGCUCUCGACACACCGUUCUCUGGUUAGAACGAUAUAUACAUCAAAGUAGAACCGCUACCGGCUAGCAUUCUCAUCCCCCGAUCUGUUAUCCCUCGGCUGUUCUGUAUAGAUCUUUUUGAAAAAGAGAAAAUCCUUUGAGAGGUUGAUCCUUUCUGAUUAACGACUAGUAUAGACGCGCAUCUCUCCUAUAUCUUUCAAAAGAGCCGGUCGGCUCAUCCAAAAUCACACCUCCUACCCCUACUCCACAAGUCGAGAACGAUGCUCGCCUCCAUUCUCCUCCUCGCCCUCCCUCUGGCCCUCGCCAACCCCGUCCCCACCUCUGCCCCCGCCCCAUCGCCUAGCUCCACCUCUGGCGGUUUCUCCGCCGGGCUCUCACACGGCCAAGGCGCCAUCGCCCGCUCCAACUCUUACGCCAACGCCAAGCGCGGCCUCGUCGCGCGCGACGACGAUGAGGGACUGCCGCCGAGUUGGCUGUUGUGGGCUGGGGCGAGGUUGGAUGCCAAGUACAAUGGCGCGAAUGGGUUCAAGGAGGCGUAUGCGAAGGAGAUCACGAAGCGGGCUGAUAACGGUGAAAUCUCGUUGACAGACCACAACCUCGACACUUCCUACUCUGCCUCCCUCUCCGUCGGUACCCCCGCGCAGACAUUCGACAUUGUCCUCGACACCGGCUCCUCCGACCUGUGGCUCGCCUCGGAAAAGUGCUCCACCACCGCCUGCUCAUCCAUGGACGAAUACUCUCUCUCCAACUCGUCCACCGCCGUCAACCUGUCGACUUCAUUCUCAAUUGAGUAUGGGAGUGGGAAAGCGAGUGGAGCGUUGGUGCAGGAUUUGGUGACCCUGGGCGGUUAUUCGGUCGCGAGUCAGACGUUUGCGGCUUGCGAUAGUGUUAGUACGGGACUGCUGAGUACGGGGGUCAGUGGGAUUAUGGGGCUUUCGUGGCAGGCUUUGGCUUAUUCCAAAGCGACGCCAUGGUGGAUCACCCUUGCAAAAAGCUCGACCUGGAGCCAACCCCUCUUUGCUUUUUACCUCGCGCGAUACCGCAACGUCGCCGGCGCCACUGCCAAAGAGACUGACGGCGGUACCGCCACUUUCGGCUACCUCGACUCUUCCCUCUACUCUGGCGACGUGACCUACGUCGACGUGGAGGAUGACGCGGAGUAUUGGCAGAUUGAAAUGGCCUCUGCUACCAUCCAAGGCUCUUCCAUCUCGCUCAACUCGUCGUACAACAUGGUCGCGAUUGAUACCGGCACAACCCUCAUCGGUGGGCCCGAGUCCAUCGUCGCAGAGAUCUACUCCAAAAUCGACGGUGCCCAGCGCAUGACAGGUUCUUAUGCUUCCUACUACGAGUACCCCUGCAACACUUCUGUCGAGCUCGACUUGACGUUUGGAGGGUACACGAUCGAGAUUACCGACCAGGAUUUCAACCUUGGGAGGUACUCUUCGGAUACUUCCAUGUGUACCGGGGCGGUGUAUGUGCAGUCGUUGUCUUCGUCGUCGCCAGUGCAGUGGAUUGUGGGGGAUGCGGCGAUCAAGAAUACGUAUACCGUGUUCCGAUACAAUCCCGCGGCGGUGGGCUUUGCUGCUCUUGCUGGAUCGGUGACCUCUAGUGAGGCCGCGCAGUCUACGACCAUUGCGGACAUCUCGUCUGUGCUGGCUGCUGCUUCCAGCUCGGCUACUGCUUCCACUACUCCCGCUUCCUCGUCUUCUGCUGCUACCUCGUCUACCGCUACUUCUUCAGGGGCAAGCGCUACCAGCAAGGCAGCGUCCGUCUCGUCCGGAGUGCCGCACGUCGUCAGUGUUGGGUCAUCAAGUACCGAGACUAUCGGCAGUGCUACAGCUUCUGAAUCGGAUAGCGCUGCGGCAGCUUCAGCUACGAGCGGGGCUUUGCCUCUAUUCAGUUCCAGUCGAUGGGUUGUAGCGCUAUUGAGCGCUGCUGUGGGCGUGUUGUUGCUGUAAGAUUUGUCACCUUUUUUGCAUUUUUUUGGAGCUCUUUUACAAGAUAUAGUCAUCCUGCAUUUGUUUGUUUAUUAGUACCUAGUCAAACCAUCUCUUCCUUUCAAUUCAUCAUACAUCCAAAUCAACUGGAAACGAUCAUUUUUUACGUACCAUCUUGCUUAUGAUCUCAACGUCUCUCGUUCAUGCUAUGCUCUGCUUUCUGCAUUGGUCCUCUAGCCUCUGGGAAUGUUUCAAGGCAUAUGCACUCUUUUGUGUACUCUUCUCGAG